AUGUCUCGACUGUCCAAACUACCUUCAUCUUCUUCCUCACUCGACGAAGACGAUGACUCGGAUUCAGAAGAAUCUAGAAAAGAAAAGAAAAGUUUACCAGAUAAAGAUGAAGAUGAAGAAGGUGAAGGUGAAGAUGAAGGUGAAGAUGAAGGUGAACAUGAAGGUGAAGAUGAAGGUGAAGAUGAAGGUGAAGAUGAAGGUGAAGGUGAAGAUGAAGGUAAAGAUGAAAGUGUAAAUGAAGGUGAAGAUGAAGGUGAAGAUGAAGGUGAAGAUGAAGGUGAAGAUGAAGGUGAAGAUGAAGGUGAAGAUGAAGGUGAAGAUGAAGGUGAAGAUGAAGGUGAAGAUGAAGGUGAAGAUGAAGGUGAAGAUGAAGGUGAAGAUGAAGGUGAAGAUGAAGGUGAAGAUGAAGGUGAAGAUGAAGGUGAAGAUGAAGGUGAAGAUGAAGGUGAAGAUGAUGUUGUAAAUGAAGGUGAAGAUGAAGGUGAAGGUGAAGGUGAAGGUGAAGUUGAAGAUGAAGGUGAAGAUGAAGGUGAAGAUGAAGGUGAAGAUGAAGGUGAAGAUGAAGGUGAAGAUGAAGAUGGAGGUGAAGGUGAAGGUGAAGGUGAAGGUGAAGGUGGAGGUGAAUGUGAAGGUGAAGGCGAAGGUGAAGGUGACGAUGAAGGUGUAAAUGAAGGUAAAGGUGAAGAUGAAGGUGAAGAUGAAGGUGAAGAUGAAGGUGAAGGUGAAGGUGAAGGUGAAGGUGAGGGUGAAGGUGCAGGUGAAGGUGAGGGUGAAGGUGCAGGAGCAGGUGAAGGUGAAGGUGAAGGUGAAGGUGAAGGUGAAGAUGAAGGUGAAGGUGAAGGUGAAGAUGAAGGUGAAGGUGAAGGUGAAGGUGCAGGUGAAGGUGAAAGUGAAAGUGAAAGUGAAGGUGAAGGUGAAGGUGAAGGCGAAGGCGAAGGUGAAGGUGAAGGUGAAGGUGAAGUUGAAGGUGAAGUUGAAGUUGAAGGUGAAGGUGAAGUUGAAGUUGAAGGUGAAGGUGAAGGUGAAGUUGAAGUUGAAGGUGAAGGUGAAGGUGAAGGUGAAGGUGAAGUUGAAGGUGAAGGUGAAGGUGAAGGUGAAGGUGAAGGUGAAGGUGAAGGUGAAGGUGAAGGUGAAGGUGAAGGUGAAGGUGAAGGUGAAGGUGAACAUGAAGGUGAAGAUGAAGGUGAAGAUAAAGGUGAAGUAGAAGGCCAAGGUGUAAAUGAAGGUGAAGGUGAAGGUGUAAAUGAAGGUGAAGGUGAAGGUGAAGGUGAAGGUGAUGGUGAAGGUGAAGGUGAAGGUGAAGGUGAAGGUGAAGGUGAAGAUGAAGGUGAAGAUAAAGGUGAAGUAGAAGGCGAAGGUGUAAAUGAAGGUGAAGGUGAAGGUGAAGGUGAAGGUGUAAAUGAAGGUGAAGGUGUAAAUGAAGGUGAAGGUGAAGGUGAAGGUGAUGGUGAAGGUGAAGGUGAAGGUGAAGGUGAAGGUGAAGGUGAAGGUGAAGAUGAAGGUGAAGAUGAAGGUGAAGAUGAAGGUGAAGGCGAAGGUGAAGGUGACGAUGAAGGUGUAAAUGAAGGUAAAGGUGAAGAUGAAGGUGAAGGUGAAGGUGAAGGUGAGGGUGAAGGUGCAGGUGAAGGUGAGGGUGAAGGUGCAGGUGCAGGUGAAGGUGAAGGUGAAGGUGAAGGUGAAGGUGAAGGUGAAGGUGAAGAUGAAGGUGAAGAUGAAGGUGAAGAUGAAGGUGAAGGCGAAGGUGAAGGUGAAGAUGAAGGUGUAAAUGAAGGUAAAGGUGAAGAUGAAGGUGAAGAUGAAGGUGAAGGUGAAGGUGAAGGUGAAGGUGAGGGUGAAGGUGAAGGUGCAGGUGAAGGUGAAGAUGAAGAUGAUGUUGUAAAUGAAGGUGAAGGUGAAGGUGGAGGUGAAGGUGGUGAAGGCGAAGGUGAAAGUGAAAGUGAAAGUGAAGGUGAAGGUGAAGGUGAAGGUGAAGGUGAAGGUAAAGGUGAAGGUGAAGGUGAAGGUGAAGAUGAAGGUGAAGAUGAAGGUGAAGAUGAAGGUGAAGGUGCAGGUGAAGGUGAAGAUGAAGAUGAUGUUGUAAAUGAAGGUGAAGGUGAAGGUGGAGGUGAAGGUGGUGAAGGCGAAGGUGAAAGUGAAAGUGAAAGUGAAGGUGAAGGUGAAGGUGAAGGUGAAGGUAAAGGUGAAGGUGAAGGUGAAGGUGAAGAUGAAGGUGAAGAAGAAGGUGAAGAUGAAGGUGAAGAUGAAGGUGAUGGCGAAGGUGAGGGUGAAGGUGCAGGUGAAGGUGAGGGUGAAGGUGCAGGAGCAGGUGAAGGUGAAGGUGAAGAUGAAGGUAAAGGUAAAGGUAAAGGUAAAGGUGAAGAUGAAGGUGAAGUUGAAGGUGAAGGUGAAGGUGAAGGUGAAGGUGAAGGUGCAGGUGAAGGUGAAAGUGAAAGUGAAAGUGAAGGUGAAGGUGAAGGCGAAGGCGAAGGCGAAGGCGAAGGCGAAGGCGAAGGCGAAGAUAGAGAUAGGGAUAGGGAUAGGGAUAGAGAUAGAGAUAGAGAUAGAGAUAGAGAUAGAGAUAGAGAUAGAGAUAGAGAUAGAGAUAGAGAUAGAGAUAGAGAUAGAGAUAGAGAUAGAGAUAGAGAUAGAGAUAGAGAUAGAGAUAGAGAUAGAGAUAGAGAUAGAGAUAGAGAUAGAGAUAGAGAUAGAGAUAGAGAUAGAGAUAGAGAUAGAGAUAGAGAUAGAGAUAGAGAUAGAGAUAGAGAUAGAGAUAGAGAUAGAGAUAGAGAUAGAGAUAGAGAUAGAGAUAGAGAUAGAGAUAGAGAUAGAGAUAGAGAUAGAGAUAGAGAUAGAGAUAGAGAUAGAGAUAGAGAUAGAGAUAGAGAUAGAGAUAGAGAUAGAGAUAGAGAUAGAGAUAGAGAUAGAGAUAGAGAUAGAGAUAGAGAUAGAGAUAGAGAUAAAUUUAUUAGAAAUCGCAGACAAUCUAUCCUGACAGAUUGCGUCCAGGUUAUCCUUCUCAGCAAUAUGCUCUUCGAUGCGGCGCUCACAGUCUAUUAUCUGCUCUUGUACUGCUCGGACCUGGAGUCCAGGAAUGCCAAUUGUUGUUCAUAA